AUGUGGGUAGGAGACUCCGACUCGUUCUGUACCAACCUUCCACCAGUUCUUACACACCCCGACUUUCGAGUCUGUCUCCUCCCCAACACUUCGUUUUCUGUCGACCUUUUGCUUUCAUUUUCUUUUUCUUUUUUCUUUUUUUUUAACUUUCUUUUGCUUAGUGCAUUUUCAUUUCUUUCUUAUUUAUUAUUCUUUCAUUUUCACCUUCAUUUUUACAUUUUAGAUUUUUAUUCCCGUUUACCUUCAUUUCCUAUUAGUUAUAUUUUUCUUUCUUUUUCUUCACUAUCUUCUUUUUGUCUAUUACUCUUCAUUUUUUUUUUAUUCGUCCAUUAUUUUUUUUAUAUUUUUCUUACAUUCAUCUAUCUAUUUAAUACUUUUCCUUUCGAUCUUUUUUUUUCCAUUUACAACUUUUUUCUCUUCUUUUAUUCAACCUUCCACUAUUACUUCCCUUUGUUCUUUUUCUUUUACGUCACUUAUCUCUGUUUCUUUUCCUCUCAAUCUCGACAAAUCUUUCACUCACUCCUUCAAUCUCGCCCCAAACUUCCCAUUUCUGUCUCUCUGGCUAAGUAUCUUUUUUCUUACACACCGUCUUCCUCUCUCUCUCUAUCUCUCUAUCUAUCUCUCUCUCUCUAUCUAUCUCCCCCACACACAAACGCACACACUUACACAGAAACACAUUUUGUCUCUGUUAACUUUGUAAUUCUCUUUCGUAUAUUCAUUUCUUAG